AUCAAAUUCAAUGAGAUAAGGAGCGGAGGGGUGAAGGAGGAGAGGAGGAGAGGAGAGAAGUAGAGGAGGAAGGGGAAGUGAGGAAACCAGUCGACUCACCCCGCUCUUUAUACGAAUCCACCAUGCGCACGGACUUGUCAGACUUGCCGCGUCUCCCCCUUGAUGCCCCAUCGCCGCGCUAAGCGAUUCCGCUCCGCUGUAAUCCGGAUAUUCCUUGCCGCUCACCCUCGUCCUGCUCAGCCCCAACGGCGCACCUUCCGCGCUUCCCUUCGAAUUCAGGGAGCCGGCGCCCAGGCUUCCGCGUGUCUGAUCAUGACAAAUGAUGGGACCCUGAGUGAUCGGUGUCGAGAAAUCGCCUCCGCGCCAGUGGAAGUUUGGACGCGAGGCUGGGCGGUAGGAGCGGCGUUUGCAAACCAAUUAUACAGAUGUUGCGGAGGGAGAGAGCGACAUAGAGGCAGUAUUCUUGAUCCUAGGGGUUAGGGUCAGGCUGUCCCGAGUGCGUGGCCGCCGAGGUGAAGACGGUGC